AUGUCUUCGAUGAGCAGAUCUCGUGCCAGCCUCUCCCCGGCUGCUUCAGAGAGGUCUACACUGCCUAUGGGCGCCUCUGCAGAGCCAGGAAGUCCAGAGUUUCAGCCUUUGGAGCCAACGAGGGAACAGUUAUUAGCGCACUUUUUCGAAAGAUUCAAAUUUUACACAUCAUUGUGUCUCGGAACGUCAGCCAUACUCGCAGUAUUUGCUUUUCUCUUCCUGAUACCCUUCGUCGUUGAACCAGCGAUACAGACUAUUUUAGCCGAGUUCGUGCCAGAAGCUGGAAUAUGUGCAGUUUCAGAGCAUGUUCACGCUGAGACAUUGACUAACUGCACUUGGGCAUCAUGCCGAGAAGGUUGUACGACGGCGCAUACGAAAUGCCACAAAAUAAGGGUCAAUUUGAAACGAAAACCGUUCGAAGAAAACACACCUAUUCCGUCAGAAUGGGAUGAAACCGAUUUGAAGUUCUUGAUAAAUCCAGAGGGAUGUGGUUAUCCGCCGAGAGUGAAUUGUUCGGUGUUUGCACACGAGUACGCAGGGCCGAAGGCUCCGAAAAUUUUCCCGUGUUAUUACAGUAUGACACGGCCAGAUUUGGUAGUAGCAAGAUAUUCGUGGGACUCCACCAUCAGAGGUCUGGUCCUGGCACUGGUGCUGCCAACAGCGGUUUUCGUGUUCAGUUUGAGUGUGCUGGCCUAUUGGCACUGUCGUUGUUGCGAAAGAGCCUGCAAUAGACGAGUACACGCCGAAUCGUAUGCGAGUAAAGAAGAGUAA